AAAGAAAUGGGCAUUCUAGGAUGUAUCAAUAAGUCAGGGAUGAAGACAUGUUCAAUACAAGUCACAUGUGACAAGCUCAACUUUGUGGCAUAGCGCUGUGGUGCAUCAUGAACAUGUCAUCAAGACAUUUCCAGGCCGGCAAACGUUUUUCGUUUUUCUCCGUUACAAAAUUUGUAGACUCAAAAUUUUUCCUAAAUAUAUUGACUUGCUAAUGGUUAAAAAUAGUUUCGUCAAACGGAGUCCAAAAGAGGGCGACACUGUCACGUCACGUGUCCUGUAGGCCGCUGUGCACGUGCUCACGCCUGUCAUUAAAAGGUCUAUUGAAGCGUGCAAGUGUUUAAGAUCCACUCGUGGUUGCUAAGAGACGACUAAACAUAUAUAUCUGAUGGCAGUGACUUGGUGCGCCUUUCCUUGCCUCAGUUUACCAGAGUUACCUCCCCCAGUGAGCUCUUGUGCGCGAGGCGAUGUACGUGUUGGUCGUCACUCUUCUCGGCGCCGGGCUAGCAAGUGGUCAGCCGCAAACUGCACUAGUUCUUGAUGUGUAUGGCAACAAAGGCUCCUUCUUCAACCCCGGAUUUCCACAAGACUACAGAGACUCGCUGGACCUUCUGUACACCGGGCAUUUCAACUACUCUCAUCCUCAAUGGGUGCGCCUGACCCUGGAGUACUCGCUGGACGGUGUCAUGCCAUCCUGUGCGGACUACAUCCACAUCAUCGGCCAGAACUUCUCACGGUGCGGAAAAGUCAACUCACAGAGAGAGCAGUUUGUCCAAGAGGGAGGAAUGUUGCAGAUGACUGCCUAUAGUUCCAACAAACAGUCAAGGAAAGGGUUUAAUAUCACGUAUGAGGUCCUUGGAAUCUUGGACCUGUACACCAAUGCCGGCAGCUUCACCAGCCCCAACUUUCCCAGCAAUUAUUGGAACGAUCUUGACCUGACCUACACGGCUCACCUGACCUCACCAGGCCCCCAGCUUCUUCACAUUAUACUCGAUUCUAAGCUGGAGAUUACAAAUGAUAUUUGCUUCGACUUUGUCACCUUGUUUUUUCAGAACAAGAACGUCAAGUAUUGUGGAUUCCAGAAUUUAUCAUUCGAUGUGGUCGUUGAUGGGGACAAGCUGCAGAUGUCAUUCCACACAGAUUUCUCCAUCUGCGAAAGGGGCUUCAACGUCACGUACUACGUGAUAGGACCCGCCAAUACCACAUCUUUAUCACCUUCGUCAGCUUUUCUGUGGGACAGCAGCUCCCCCUGGACACAGACCUGCACGACUUGCCAUGUCCCUGCUCUGUCUUCCACACUCUUCACGGAUUGGACAGACGAAACCCCUGUUACAGACCCCCCUCUCUCUACAAAAGUAACGACCGCUACUCUCCUCACAAGCCUCACCCUUUCUACAUCCGUCACGAGCUCCACCCUCUCUACACCCUUGACCAAUUUCUCGGAUGGAGCAACUCCAAUAGACGACUAUAGGACCAAUGGCAUUGACCCCACAACCACCGAUUCCCUUGUCAGUUAUGGCACUGGCGACAACAGUGACGUCAUAGAUACGAUGUUGGAACUGACCACGCGGGACCAGCAACCACUUGAUGACGUAAUACACAUCGUCAGCUCGUCAUACAUAACAGCUGGUGACGUUAGCGAGGGCUGGCCAGGAGGAAAUGCAAAGGUCACCGUGCCUUCUGACAUGGCCUCAUCAUUGAGUACAACCGGCCUAACACCAAUCUAUUACUCGCCACAGUCAAUCGAAAUCAUUGCUAGACAAGACAUCGAUGCCACAGCUACCACUGCAAGUGAGAUGGAAGUCCGGACUGUCAACUUGCAGACUCAAACUGCAAGUGAUGUGGAAGCCCUCGCCACAAUUACAAGUGAUACGGACACACAGACUACUGUUACAAGUGACACGGAAACCCUGACUACUCUGACAAGUAACAUGGAAACCCAAGCUCUCGCCACAAGUGACCUGAAAACCCAAAAUGUCGUUACAAGUGACAGCACAACGCAGACUGUUGCUGCCAAUGACACAGAAACCACCAUUUCUGUCACCGGCGACAAAAAGACUUCAGCCACACCGCGGACAGAACUGGACCCUCCAGACUGUUGCCGGUGUCAGCUGCUAGGGGGAUCAGAGACGGGAAAAGUUUUGAACGCUGAAGACCGCGAGAAGAAAAUAGAUGAAAUCAUCACUACGCUGCUCGUCGACAAAGACAACGUAUCGUCCACCAAGCGGAAGCACAUCUCUGCGCAUGACAGCCGACAGUCCGCGGCGGCGCUGGGUUUAGUCGGCGUGGUGCUGUGUGCGCUGCCACUGAUCUUCGUGUUGCUAAUGGAUGUGGCAGGAUUCGCUGUUCAAGCUGCCUGCGGCAAAAAGUCGAUGAGAGCUAAAAAUACCGUAGAUGCUUCCUGAAGCUCCGCUUCCUGCGUGGCGAUGGACGCUGCCGUCAGAAUGAGGCUGAACGAUCUGCAUUUUAUCUGUGCAAAUGUGUGCUCGGAAGACAGCUUCCAGACAUCUCACAGGAAGUGAUACACAAACAUCUCCUGCAAAAGCCAGUCUUAUCGCGUUUCUUGUUUGUAGCUUGGAUUCGCAAGCUUGUCAUUGGAAUCCAAAAGAGAUGGACUUUUUGUUUCCAAAUAAAAUAUGCCAAAAAAAAAAAAAA